UACUCUUUCAGACUUCGGAGGGGAUAGACGCGCGUUUUUCGUCGUUUCCCGCCAAAAUUCGCGGCGAAAAUUUCGUGAAAGUUAUUGAAAUUAUUCUACCAAUUUACUAUUUACAGUUAUAAUUCCUUAUAUUAAUAGUUUUAAUUGGACAUUUGAAGGAAAAAUAGUAAAAAAUGCCGGAAGUCCAUGCUGCAUUUCAAAAUUCAGGGAAGAAACCAGGUUUAGAAGUCUGGAGAAUUGAGGAUUUCGAACCGGUUCCCGUUCCCAAACAACAAUACGGCAACUUUUAUUCUGGAGAUUCUUACAUCGUGUUGAACACAUCGGGACAAGUACCAAACCUGAACUGGGACAUUCACUUCUGGCUGGGUAGUAACACGUCUCAAGAUGAAGCCGGCGCGGCCGCCAUUUUGUCAGUGAACCUCGAUGAUAACCAGUUCCAGGGGGCUGCUGUGCAGCACAGAGAGACCCAGGGUUAUGAAUCUAGGCAGUUCUUGGACUAUUUCCCACCAGCUAUCCGUUAUAUGGACGGAGGGCAUGUGUCAGGGUUCAGCCACGUGACCAUCAAUGCUGGCGCUGAGAAGAGACUCUUCCAGAUCAAGGGCAAGAGGAAUGUCAGGGUUAGACAGGUGGAAGCCUCAGUAGAAUCCAUGAACAAAGGGGACUGCUUCAUACUUGACAUCGACCACACAAUUUACGUGUUUGUCGGCGAUAAAGCGAAAAACAUGGAGAGAAUUAAAGCUAUAUCUGUGGCCAAUCAGAUACGGGACCAGGAUCAUAACGGUAGAGGAAAUGUGGAGAUCAUAGAUCCGUUCUCUAGUGGCAAUGACACGGAAGAGUUCUUCUCAGCGCUCGGCUCUGGAGACUUGGAUUCCGUUGCUGAUGCUUCAGAAGGCGGGGAUGAUGAGGAAUUCGAACGCGGCGAUAUUAAAGAAGUGUCACUCAGUGAAAUUUCAGACAACUUUGGCUCUAUGAAGAUUACGAAACUCCCGGCGCCAUUGACGCAGGACCAGCUGAACAGCCAGGAAUGCUAUGUAUUGGACACCGGCAGCAGCGGCAUAUACGUUUGGGUCGGCAAGCAAUCUAAUGAAAAGGAGAAAGCCGAGGCUAUGAACAGAGCGCAGCAGUAUUUGAAAGCCCACAACUUACCGCAUUGGGUGCACGUGUCAAAAGUUCCGGAAGGUUUAGAGCCCACCGCCUUCAAACAGUAUUUUGAAAAUUGGAACUGAAAAAAUUGCAUUUAUAAAAUUUUACUGCUAACUUUUCUUGCUAGUUUUUUUUUUAUUUAUCUCAUAUUUUUCUUGACUUGUGAUAAUUUUUAUAAAAUUUUUUUUUAAAUAUUUUAUUAAUAUAUUUUGCAUUACUUUUUAAGGAUACGAAGAGGAAGAGUUUCUUUGUAAAAAUUAACUCACACUUUUUUAUUAAAUGCAAUGUUUACCAAAUUAUAUUAGCAAUUGGCUUGCUAUGAAAAAAUCUAUAGUAAUAUUAUAAAGCUGAAGAGUUUGUUUGUUUGAAAGCGCUAAUCUCAGGAACUACUGGUUCGAAUUGGAAAAUUAUUUUUGUGUUAAAUAAACCAUUUAUCGAGGAAGGCUUUAGGCUAUAUAACAUCACGCUGCAGCUAUUAGGAGCGAAGAAAUAAUGGAAAAUGUGAAAAAAAAACGGGGAAAGUUAUUCAUCCUUGAGGGCUUCAAUGAUGCCCAAAAUAACUAUUUCACGCGGACGAAGUCGCGGGCACAGCUAGUAUAUAAUAAAACAGAAAUAACUUAAGACCAAACUCUAAAUUGUACUCGUAAAUGAACUGUUGGUCACCCUUGCCUCAAUUUUGUAUGUGAUCCUUUUAUUGUCAGGUUGGAUGGAAGAGAUCCCACUCAGGGAUAAGCCCGCCUUUGUACUGUACUGUUUUAUAUUUGUAAUGUACUCCUUUAGUGAACAAUAAAGCAUUUAUUUACUUACCAAAUUUCUUUUAAAAAACAUGCAUAUGUACUUAGGGACUUCUUAAUGAAAAAUAUGAUUUGAUGUAACAAAAUAUUGUUAAUUUUUUUUUUUGACUUCUGUAAUAUGCAACACUUACAUUUUUUUUUAUUUUCAAUAAAAUCCUACUAAUAUUAUAAAUGCGAAAGUUUGUAUGUCAGUAUGGAUGUUUGUUACUCUUUCACGCAAAAACUACUGAACCGUUUACGAUGAAAUUUAGUAGGUAAGACCCAGAAUAACAUAUAGGCUACAUAUAGUUCCCGCGGGAUUGAUAGGGUUUCCACGCAGACGAAGUCGCGGGCGGCCUCUAGUAACGUUACCUAUACAUAUUUAUUUGCUCUUCUUACACGUUUAUUUGCACGUAACGCACAAUAUGACAGAUUAAUUGUUAAUCAAAGGUGAACAUUGUAAUUAUU